AAAAAUAUGAAAACAUCUCCUUAAUCAUUUUAAAGAGAAAAUGAAGAAACAGUUUGGCAUACUAGAAAAUUGAGAUAAGAGACAGAGAAGGAUAUUCAAUUAAUGAAGAAUCGUCUAAAAUUAUUAAAGAGAGGAGAUGCACAGUUAUCAAAGAGAAUUGAUGAAACGAAAAAGAAAACUUAAUCUAUGAUUGAAUUAAAAAUGAAUCAUCAUUAAUAGAUUGAAUAAGUAAUCUAAUUUAUCACUUUCUAUUAGAAAAAACAAAAUUAAAAAAAUGAUGAAGCAUAAUUAAAGGACAAAUAAUAAUAAAAUUAUGAUCAAAAAAAACAAUAAGAAGAAUAAUUAGAUAUGAUUAAAAAAGCUAUGGAAUAAAUUAAAUUAGAAGAAUAUAAGAAAAUUAAGUAAAAUUUUAAUAAUAUGCAUUAGAGAGUUAUCAUUAAAAAAUGCUGAAAUGAUAAAUAAAUAAAAAUAAGAUUUCAUUUCUAAAAAUAGGGAAAAAAGAGAACAUAUUAAAGAGAUAAUGUAAAAAUCUAAAUCUAAUAUUUCUCUUUAUUGGAAUGAAAAAUUAUCUCACAUAUAAAAAGAAAAUGAGAAGUAUUUAUAAAUAAUUUAUAAUAAAUUAGAGCUAAAGUUGAAAAUAAAAGAGCCUGUGAACAAAACAAAGCCUUUUAAGAAAAAAUGGAAAUGGAAGAAUCUUAUAUGAUGUAGAAAUUAAUGAGAUCUUAAGAUGUAUAAAAGAAAUUAGCAAUAAAAUUGGAAAAAGCAAAAAAUUUACCUCAUGAUGAAUUUAAUUAGAUGAUAAAAGAAGAAGAAGAAAAUUCUAAUAACUUGAGAACAAAUAAAAGUGCUGAAAUUCCAAGAUGGUUACCAACUCCAGAGAAGGAUGCUGCAAUUAUCUAAAAUUUAGAAACUGAACCUAAAUAAGAUUCAGAUUAAUAGAAAAAAGAAGAUGAUUAAGAAUAGCAAGAAUGA